UGAAGCAAUAUUCAGUGUUAUUUGUGAGUUUAAGUGAGUGUUCUUAAGAUGACUGUUAGGUCGAAUAAACUAAACAUGUAUGUAAAAAGAAAAAAGUAUAUUAUGGGUACUUUGGAUGACAACAACUGACACCGGUAUUCAAUGGAUAAAAACAUGUUACUUGAAAAUUGUGUAUGUUGCAAAGAGUUUAAAUCUGGAAUAUUACUAGUAAAUAAAAAGUAGAACAUCGUGUAUUACAACCUUAUCCCAUCAUGUUUCCUGAGUCAUAAACCUUAUACAAAAAUUAACUAACUAACUAAUCCAAAAAGGCCUUUAUAUAUACACUUUAGCAACCAGAGUCCUGCAGACAAACAUUUAGUCAUCAUAUUGCCUACUUCCUGUUUACAUUUGCAAGAUAACGGUUGUUGCGCCCUCUGCUGAAACCCUCUGCGCUCAAUGCUGUCUCUGCUUACAGCCAGCCUGGGUUUAACAUGGUCUCUGUGCUUGUCAUGUGUGCAGCCAGCAGAGGGAGCAACAUGGCAAUGAAAACUAGAGUCAGAUGAUGGGAGGAGGAAGAUAAGCAAAUAAACCCUUAGGUAACGUGUGCAAAACAAGUAAUUCUGGUAACCAUGUCCAGGCCUAAAGACCAGAACACACUUUUCUGGAUUGCACAAACAGCUCUGUAGGGGCAUCAGCUACACCGGUCCUACCUCAACUGAAACCUGUACAAGCCAACUACAGUAACCUAAGACUAAGCUCCUCUUUGUGGGUCAGAGAUGCAGCGGGAGUGACGCAGCAGUGGCAGCAGCCCUCCAGAAGACAGCUCAACACAGUCCAAUCAGGAAACCAGAAUACACAGACGGGAAGAGCGAGGAUGAUGAAGGUCUGAUCUGGUUCCAAAGGGAGAACGGGAGCCGGAUGACUGUGGUGUCUCCAUGCACUCAGAACCUGAUGGAUAGUGCUCAUCCUCACACUGUGCUCAGCAAGCUCAAUGAGCAGCGCUCACAAGGCCUCUUCUGCGACGUUACCAUCGUGGUGGAGGAUGUGAAGUUUCGGGCCCACAAGAACAUCCUGGCAGCCUGCAGCGGGUACUUCAGGAACGCUCUGACGACACCUGAGACAUGGAGCUCCGACCAAGUGCUGGAGCUGAUGGACCUUAAGUCCGAGGUGUUUGCCAGUAUCCUGAACUUCAUCUACUGCUCAAAGGUGACAUCGCCGGGUGUGGAGGACACACGUGUGCUGGUAGCAGCUGGAAAAAGACUUGGCAUUCCUUUUUUGGAGAAGCUUGCAGAACAAGAGAGGCAGGACCAAUGUGUGAAAUCCACAGACGGUAGCAAAGCCACAGUGUCAAUAAAAACGAAACAGGAAGCUUCCAGGCCUGAGGACGUUGACAGGGGGCCACGCAUCACCAACGCCUUCUCUAUCAAUGAAGUGUGUUCUGGGACCAAUCUUUUCACCCCUCUGGUCCAAACCAAAGGGGAGAGGCAGUCUCCAGAGGUGGGACAGCUUCCAUCAAGUUCUCCUACAACCUCCUGCCUCAAUGUGAACAAUGAGACAACCCACACCCUCUCAGAGCACUCAUAUGCAGUGAUAACAUCAUUUGAAGGCAAAGACAGCAGUCAGUGGGAUAACAAGAAGGUCUUUAAGCCAGCAAUAUCUCAGUCAAAGCAACUCAGUUACAGGAACGCAGGUCCGCUCAAAAAGCGCCACAGGCUGAGACUAAAUUUGUGUCGAAGUAUACUUCCAAGACCAGCUGAAUCGCAAGCAGAUACACCCAAUACAAAACCCCCGACAGAAGCUGAUGGUGUUUCUAAAGCACCUGUUGCAGUCAUGACCCCACCUCCUCUUAGUUCAGAAGCAGAAACAGAAACAUGUAAAGGCCCCGGGCUACCAAUAGCCACUGACAAUGUUCAAAUGGAGUUAGAUCCACCAACCCUUUCCCCUCACACUGAAGAAAGCAUUUCAAUAUACGCAUGUGAACAAUGUCCGGAGAUAUUCACAAAUCAGGCUCUUCUCGCCGUUCACUCAGAAGUACAUAAAAAGCGUUUUAUCAGUCAUUUGUUUUGCAAGUUUUGUCACAGAAAGUUCAUACACCUCAAACGGCUGCGCAACCACGAGCAGGUCUGUCCCAAGGCUGUGAGAAGCUCGCCUAAACAGGAUUCUUCUGACAUAUCAACCAAAGAGGUGGAACUACAUUCAGAUUCAGACGAGCCUAACACUGAGAGCAACGCAAUACAGCUUCCUUCUGCUGACCUCUCCACCCCAGAGCCCCUUGAAAUGGACCAAUCAGAGCCUUCACGGAACGAGAAGGCGGUGAGACCAGGCGGCAGUCAGAGGAGAUACAACUGCAGUGUGUGUAAACGCGUCUACAUCACCUUAUCCAGUCUGAAGCGGCACGAAAAUGUACAUUCCUGGCAGAGGGCAUACCCCUGUCAUUAUUGUAAUAAAGUGUUUGCAUUGGCAGAGUAUCGAACAAAGCACGAAAUCUGGCACACAGGGGAACGCCGCUAUCAGUGCAUUUUCUGCCUGGAGACAUUCAUGACAUAUUAUAUCUUAAAGAACCAUCAGAAGUCUUUUCACGGCAUUGAUCCUAAUCUAGCUGUUAAGAAAAAGUCCGCUAACGGUGGUUUGAAAGCCAGUGUUUAUCCAAUCAAACUCUACAGGAUUCUGCCUAUGAAGUUUAGAAAGAGAAAAUACAAGACAUACAGUCAGACAUUUUCAGAGGUUGAUGAAACAGGUGACAAAGCCCCGCCAGAGAGCAACUCUCUCAUCCCUCCGUUUGAAGAAAACGGUCUCAUCAGUAAGUCUGACUCUGUUUCAUUCCCUCUGACAUUCAUGGCAACUCCAAAGAUGGUGUCACCUGUCAUGCCACGCAUCAGCUUUGACAAGCCAUGUGACCAAGAUGUUGACCACAGUGAUUUGGAAAGAAAAGAGGCGGAGAAUGAAAAUUCACCAAACAUUGACUUUGAGUUUCCCGCUAUAAGUUUCAAAGGUGAUCCUACAGUACUUAGUAACUCAGAGCACAUCAGUCAUAAUGUGCCGUUCUUUAACUCUUUGAACACUGUUAAAAAGCUAGGUGAGCUAUCAGCUUCUGCAAAAAGGGUUGAGGAUAUGACCAAGGAGCUUCUUCAAUCAAGCAAUGAGAAUCUGGCAUACGAUAAAAAGGUAGGGGCAAAGACUGAAACAUAUAUCGCCAAACCUGCGUGCCCGGGUCCAUCUGUGGAUGGUGCCGCCAUGCCGCUCUGUCAGAUAACAGUGAAAAUCGGCAAUGAGGCCAUAAUCUGCCGCCAGAUCAAAGGUUCCAAGCUCUUCCCCAGAAAGAAAAGGAGAAUCAGAGAAUUGGGUGAAGAGGAGAGCUCCAGUCAGUGUCUUCCAACACGGGAAACCUCGGAGAGCCCUCGGCUCCGACUGAGACAGGAAGUCGCUUCUGCCAAAGCGCAUACGAAGACAUACGAAGAUCCCAAUGACUGCGACACAGCCGACAUGCUGUGGCGUCCUUACUAUUCUUACAAAUCCAAAAAGAAAACAAAGAAGUUGAGGUUCAAGUGCAGAAAGGCUUUGUUUCACGGUUAUCCUGAAACAUCUGUAGAUAGAACGGCUGCAAGUGAGGCCCACAUCGAGAAAAGUAGUGGGCUGAUAGAAGAGAGCACGUCCGGUGGGAGUGGAGAAAUGAAACGUAGCCUGAGCAAGAACUCCAGCCCGAGAGCCACCUACAUCUGUGACAUCUGUGACAGCUCUUUCAUCACAGAGACAGGUCUGAGAGCUCAUGUUAUUGGUUCCCACCCAUGUUUCUGUCGCACAUGCGGUAAACAAGGUCCUCCUGGUGAGGCACCGGCCGGUGGGGAUUACAUCUGCAGCAGCUGUAUGGAGAAUGGCUCCUGCUUUGAUAAUACAUCACGGAGCCCCAACCCAGAGAAGAAGUAUCGCUGCUCCUUCUGUCCCCAACGGUUUCUUUAUCUUGCCACCAAGAGAAGCCAUGAGAAAAAACACAAGGAGACAAACGAGGAGGGAUAUAACUCUGACAACUUCACAGCGUGCUCUCAAAACUCUGCACACCUGAGUGAAGAUACUAAACAAGACAUAAAAUAGAAAACAGUGGCAACCAAGGGACGCUGAAAUAAAAAGUGAACGAGUGGACGAAGAAUAUCUUUCCAUUGAUAAAAUGAAUCCUAAAAUUGAGGACACGACAGGUGACUUAGUGUCUUUACCGACCUACCAAGACAUGUCAUACUCCAAAAUUAAAAGUCCGUUAUCGCCGUGCAUUGGCACAGUGUUUUCCCUGACAUCCUCCAGGGUGAAAAAUAAAAUGCCGAAAAAAAGGAUCAAUCCACAGCAAUCUAUGCAUCUUAUCUCAAAAAAGCAAAUCUGUGACAGAGACAGUGACGGCAACAAGGACAUUUUGAUGGGGCAAAAAACGACCAGUCACAAUGAUCUUGAUAAUUCCUAUAAACUCUUGAGGAGAGAUGACUCUGAAACUCAAGGUAGCCACAUUUCUAUACACAAGCCGGAGAAAUGGACGUGCAAAGAGGAGCCAUUUUUCUGAAGAUUUCUGAGGA